AUGAGGGGCAGGCGGGGCAGGCCGCCCAAGCAGCCCGCGGCAGGCGCUGCGGAGCGCGGCGCCCCGGCUCCCCCGCCGCCGCCGCCGCCACCGCCGCCGCCACCGCCGCCUCCGGCCGGGCCCAUCGGGGGGCUCCGUUCCCGGCACCGAGGCAGCAGCCGGGGCAGGUGGGCCGCCGCCCAGGCGGAGGUGGCGCCCAAGGCGCGGCUGAGCUCCCCCAGGGGGGGCGGCGGUAGCCGGAGGAAGCCGCCGCCGCCGCCGCCGCCGCCGCCGCCGCCGCCGGCCGCCCCCCCCAGCAGCAGCCCCAGCGCCGGCGCCCCGGGCCGGGGGGGGAGAGGAGGCGGGGGAGGCAGAGCUGGAGGCGGGGGCGGCGGCGGGGGCGGCGGCGGCGGCGGCCACCUGGCCCGGGCCACCCCGUCCAGGAGGAGCAUCAGCAAAGUGGUGUACGAUGACCACGAGAGCGAGGAGGAGGAUGAGGACGAGGACAUGGUCUCCGAGGAAGAGGAGGAGGAAGAGGGGGACCCCGAGGAGACGCAGGACUCCGAGGAGGAGGAGGAGGAGGAUAUUAUGGAGGAGGACGACGACGAUGACUCCGAUUAUCCCGAGGAAAUGGAAGACGACGACGAUGCCAGCUAUUGCACCGAGAGCAGCUUCAGGAGCCACAGCACCUACAGCAGUACCCCAGGUAGAAGAAGACAGAGAGUACAUCGCCCUCGUUCUACAAUAUUGGAAGAAAAAGAUAUCCCACCUCUUGAAUUUUCCAAAAUCCUCUGAGGACUUAUGGUGCCCAAUGAGCAUAUAAUGAAUGUUAUAGCCAUCUAUGAGUCCUGCGAACGUUGGCACCGUUUAAAAAACGCUUAUCUCCUUUUCGUUUUGGAGGACUUCUGUGCUGCUCUUGUAAGUCAAGAGCAGUGCACACUUAUGGCAGAGAUGCAUGUAGUGCUUUUGAAAGCAGUUUUACGUGAAGAAGACACUUCAAAUACUACCUUGGACCUGUGACCUAAAGAUAGUGUUAAUUCCACACUAUAUUUCAUAGAUGGAAUGACAUGGCCAGAGGUUCUGCGGGUGUAUUGUGAGAGUGACAAGGAGUACCAUCAUGUUCUUCCUUAUCAAGAAGCAGAGGACUAUCCUUACGGACCAGUACAAAAUAAAAUCAAAGUUCUGCAGUUUUUAGUGGAUCAGUUUCUUACAACGAACAUUGCUCGUGAAGAAUUGAUGUCUGAAGGGGUGAUACAAUAUGAUGACCACUGUAGGGUUUGUCACAAACUUGGGGAUUUGCUUUGCUGUGAAACUUGCUCAGCUGUAUACCAUUUAGAAUGUGUGAAACCACCUCUUGAGGAGGUACCAGAGGAUGAAUGGCAGUGUGAGGUCUGUGUGGCACACAAGGUACCUGGUGUAACUGACUGUGUUGCUGAAAUCCAAAAAAAUAAACCAUAUAUUCGACAUGAACCUAUUGGAUAUGACAGAAGUCGGAGGAAAUACUGGUUUCUAAACAGAAGACUCAUUAUAGAGGAAGAUUCAGAAAAUGAAAAGGAUAAGAAACUUUGGUACUAUAGCACAAAGGUCCAGUUGGCAGAAUUAAUUGAUUGCCUAGAUAAAGAUUAUUGGGAAGCUGAGCUUUGUAAAACUUUAGAAGAAAUGCGUGAAGAAAUUCAUCGACAUAUGGAUAUAACUGAAGACCUGACUAAUAAAGCACGUGGAAGUAACAAAUCGUUCCUGGCUGCCGCAAAUGAUGAAAUUUUGGAAGCUACCAAAUCCAAAAAAGGUGACAUUGAAGAUGCUAAAAGUCCAGUUCCAGAAGAAGCAGACAAGGACAAAAAUGAAUCGGAAAAUAAUAGCCAAAAAGAUUCUGAGAAAAGCAAGGAAGAACUUUCAGAUCAACUCCAGGAAAAAAACAAAGAAGAAAAAACAUCUGGUGGUGAUUCUGAGAAAGGAAAACCAGAGGAGCCAAAAGAUGUUGGGGAUAAAGGUAACUCUGUGUCAACAAAUACUGGCGACAACACAACAAAUACUUCUUCAGGAGAGACUAGUCCCCCUGAAGGGAAGAGCACAAUGGGGUGCCCCUCAGAAACUCAUGAUAGCAACAACAUGGCAGAGAAGAAGGUGGCUCCUGAGCUACCCCAGGAUGUACCAGAAGAAUCUACCAAGUUGAAUGAUGGCAAUAGUACUGCUACUGUUCCCAACCCGCCUUAUACUGAAAACAGCAACAGCAGCAGUGAGCUAAAUUCCUCCCAGAGUGAAUCUUUCACUAAAACAUCUGAUGAUCCUGAAAAUGGAGAAAGGGAAUCUCAUACACCUUUAUCUGUUCAAGAGGAAAUAGCAGAUUUCAAAUCAGAGAAGUCUAAUGGAGAAAGAAGUGAUUCCCCUGGAACAGGGAAAGGUACACCCGGCUCAACACGGAUGGUCACAAGAUUACGAAAUCCAGACAGUAAGCUAAGUCAACUGAAGAGCCAACAGGUUGCUGCUGCUGCACAUGAAGCAAAUAAGUUAUAUAAGGAAGGCAGAGAGGUACUGGUAGUUAACUCUCAAGGAGAAAUUUCACGACUGAGCACCAAGAAGGAGAUAAUUAUGAAAGGAAAUAUCAACAACUUUUUCAAGCUAGGUCAAGAGGGGAAGUACCGUGUCUACCACAAUCAGUACACGACCAAUUCUUUUGCACUGAACAAACACCAGCACAGAGAGGACCAUGAUAAAAGAAGGCAUCUUUCACAUAAAUUUUGCUUGACUCCAGCAGGAGAGUUCAAAUGGAAUGGUUCUGUACAUGGGUCUAAAGUACUUACCAUAUCCACCCUGAGGUUAACCAUCAUUCAGCUGGAAAACAACAUCCCAGCACCAUUCCUGCAUCCCAAUUGGGCCUCUCACAGGUCAAAUUGGAUCAAAGCCGUUCAGAUGUGUAGCAAACCUAGAGAAUUUGCUUUGGCUUUGGCCAUUUUGGAAUGUGCCAUUAAGCCAGUUGUCAUGCUGCCAAUCUGGCGAGAAUCUUUAGGACAUACCAGAUUACAUAGAAUGACAUCCAUCGAAAGAGAAGAAAAAGAGAAAGUGAAAAAAAAAGAAAGAAAACAGGAGGAGGAAGAAACAAUGCAACAAGCCACAUGGGUGAAAUAUACAUUUCCAAUCAAGCAUCAGGUUUGGAAACAAAAAGGAGAGGAAUAUAGAGUAACGGGCUACGGUGGUUGGAGUUGGAUUAGUAAAACACAUGUUCAUAGGUUUGUCCCUAAAUUGCCCGGAAAUACUAAUGUGAAUUACAGAAAAAUAUUAGACACCAAAAUUUUUGACACUGGUGAAAAUGAGUGUGAACUAGAUAAAAGAAAAAGUUUAACACGCAGUCCAACAAAAGUAAAAUUGGAGACCAACCCUCAGAAAAGCAAAGCAGGUGAUUCAGAAAUGCUACAAGAAAUAGACCAAAUUGAAAUGGAAACUACAAAAAUUUCUGAGAAGAAAGACCAAACAAAGGAGGAAAGUACAAUUAAAGAAAAACCUGAAGUCGAUAUGUCAUCUUCAGAUGUCAUUGCUGCAAAAGGAAAAGAUGAGAAAGAAAUGCUUAAUUCUGAAAGCAAUAAGCUUAUCAAGGAAGAGCCUAUGGAGAUAGAUGAAGUAAAAACAGAUUCAUCCACAAGAUCUGAGGAAAAUUCUUUUAAAGCAGAUGUAAUUAAUGUCAGUGAGGGUUUUCACCUAAGGACUAGUUACAAAAAGAAAGUAAAAUCAUCCAAAUUAGAUGGACUACUUGAAAGAAGAGUUAAGCAGUUUACAUUGGAAGAAAAACAGCGCCUGGAAAAAAUGAAGUUGGAAGGAAAGACUUCCAUGGGUCCCCUGAAAAGCAUGGCUGAAUCACGUGUAUUAAUGAAAGCAAAAGAAGGGGGUCAAGCCAACUUGGUUGAUCAGGAGAAAAUGCACGGUUCAAAUAGUAACAACAGAACAGAAGAUCUGAUUCAAGAAUGUUCACAAAAUAAUGAAAACUCUACUAUUAGGAUCAGUGGUUCUGAUGGAACUUAUACAAGUAAACAUUCCACAAAAGGUCAGGUACUAGAAAAAGUCUCCAUUCAGAGUACAGAACCAAACUUCCAGAAACAAAAUUCUGUCCUCAAUGAUGCAUCUGAAUCUGCAGUUGCUGAUAAAUGUCAAGAACAAGACAGGCUUAAAACAAAAGAACAUGAUACCCUCAAUGUGGAUGACCAACUGGUUAGUCAAGAUGAAAAAAGCAUGUUGGCCACUAAAAAGGAAAAUAAUUUCCUACCAGUAAAUACCACUGUUUCUCUUCCUGAAAGUGUUUCAGAACCAGUGGUUCAUGAAAAUACCUGUGACACAGAUGUUCCCGCUACCUCUGAAGCAAAAGCUUCAGGAGAAAAAUGUGGAAAACAGACAUGUGAUUCUGAAAAUAAUCGCACUUUGGAAAAGACCUCUGAAUCUGUGUUCACUCAGGACAGUAAGGAGCAUGAUACGUCUGCUCAGAACAGCCGUAAAAGUAAUUUGAAAUGCUCCAUAGGGAAUCAGGAACAAGUUCCUGAGGGUCUGAAGUCAGUUUCAGACAUGUCUACUGAAAAGCAAACUCUUGAACACCUGCCCAGAGAAAAAGCCAGUGAUGAUGUAUUACACUGUAAAAUAAUGGAAGCUAAUGGUGAAAAACCAAGUCAAGAACAGAAAUUAGAGAGCUCAGUGAAUAAGUGUCAUCAUCAAAUAAAUCUAAAGAACAUAAUAGACAAAAAGAAUAGUGAAAAUGGAGAUACAGAGAAAAAGGGAGAGAAAGAAAUAGCAACUACAUUUCAGCUUAAUGGGAAAGAUAAUGAAUUUAAGGUAUUUUCCAAAGAUGAAUACGUGAAAGAGAUCUCUGAUAAUAAGGUAGGAACCGGUAAUGUUGAACCAAAGGUUAAUAGUAUUAAAACAAUUCCUGAACAUGAGAUCAAACCAUUAAUUGUUAAAGAAGCUCCUAUAAAGCCAUUCAUGAAUGGAGAUGUCAUCAUGGAAGAUUUCAAUGAAAAAAGUAACUUGAACACAAAAUCAUGUUUGCUUAGUUCUUCAGAUACUGAUGGUAAAUGCCAAGGCAACAUGGAGAAUCUAACAUCAGUGAAAGGGCCCAAGAAUAUGCAACAUUUGGUUGAAAAACACCGUUCUAUUGAAAAAGCUGCUUCUGUUGAUAGUCCUUCCAUAGCAUCUUCACCAUCAUGUAAAGAGAGCAGCUCAAUUAAUCAAGUAGAAAAUAUGGAGGUUGAAACCUCAGAAGUUAAAAAAGUACCCCCAUCACCUACUACAUCUGGCGAAGAGUCUAACCUAAGUAGUGACUCCAAUGAUCAGAAUGGACUGCCUGCUAACAAAAUGGAAAAUGGUAAUGGAAACGCUACAAGAAAAACAGUAAUCACAGAAGUCACCACAACAACAUCAACUGUGGCCACCGAAUCAAAAACUGUGUUUAAAGUUGCAGAGGUAUUGGCCUCCCAAGGUGAUAGGCAGUCAGUAGUCUCCUCUACUGAAAACUGUGCAAUGUCCACCGUAACCACCACCACUACUACUGUGACAAAACUGAGCACACCUACCCCUGGCAGUAAUGUGGAUGUCAUCUCUGUGAAGGAACACAGUAAAACUGUUGUUACAACAACAGUCACUGAUUCGCUGACCACUCCAGGCGGCACAUUAGUAACAUCAAUGACUGUGAGCAAAGAGUAUUCUACAAAAGACAAAGUAAAACUAAUGAAAUUUUCCAGACCUAAGAAGGCUCGUUCUGGUACAGCUCUGCCAUCCUAUAGGAAGUUUGUUACCAAGAGCAGCAAAAAGAGCAUAUUUGUUUUGCCUAAUGAUGACUUGAAAAAGUUGGCCAGAAAAGGGGGCAUCCGAGAGGUACCUUGUUUUAAUUACAAUGCAAAACCUGCUGUGGAUAUAUGGCCGUAUCCAUCUCCAAGACCUACUUUUGGUAUCACAUGGAGAUAUAGACUUCAGACUGUAAAAUCAUUGGCUGGAGUAAGUCUUAUGUUGCGGUUACUCUGGGCAAGUUUAAGGUGGGAUGAUAUGGCAGCCAAAACUCCUCCUGGGGGAGGGACUACUCGAACAGAAACAUCAGACACAGAAAUUACAACAACUGAAAUAAUUAAGCGGAGAGAUGUUGGUCCAUAUGGUAUUCGAUCAGAAUAUUGCAUCAGGAAAAUCAUCUGCCCCAUUGGUGUUCCAGAGGCUCCAAAGGAAACACCUACACCUCAGAGGAAAGGGCUUCGAUCAAGUGCGCUAAGGCCAAAGAGGCCAGAAACACCUAAGCAGACAGGCCCUGUUAUAAUUGAAACUUGGGUAGCAGAAGAGGAGUUGGAGUUAUGGGAGAUCCGGGCAUUUGCAGAAAGAGUGGAGAAGGAAAAGGCACAGGCGGUUGAGCAGCAGGCUAAGAAACGAUUGGAGCAGCAGAAACAGCUACCAGCAGUAAUUGCAGCCUCUACCACUACUACAACAAACAAUACCACCAACGCGGUCUCCACCCCUCAGAAAGUUGUGGUAGCCCCUAUAAGUGGCCCAGUUACCACUGGAACCAAAGUGGUACUCACAACUAAGGUUGGAUCUCCAGCCACAGUGACAUUCCAGCAGAACAAGAACUUCCACCAAACAUUUGCCACCUGGGUUAAACAAGGCCAGUCAAGUUCAGGUGUUGUUCAGGUUCAACAGAAAGUCCUGGGUAUCAUUCCAUCAAGUACAGGUGCAAGUCAGCAAACCUUUACUUCAUUCCAGCCAAGAACAGCUACAGUCACUAUUAGACCAAACACCCCAGGCACUGUAGGUACCACAAGUAACUCACAGGUAAUCACAGGGACUCAGAUCCGUCCUGGUAUGACAGUGAUUAGAACACCACUCCAACAAUCAACCCUAGGAAAGACAAUUAUUCGAACACCUCUGAUGGUACAGCAAGGAAAACCCCAAGAAGUAGUAACCCAAAUCAUCAGGGGGCAGCCUGUUUCUACUGCAGUAUCUAGUCCUAAUGCCAGCAUCUUCAAGCUCUGGACAAAAGGUUGUAACAACAGGAGCACCUGUGCCACAUAUACAGCCCCACAUCCUCCACCCCACAGCCUCCUCGGCCCCCAGCAAGGACAAGUGAAACUUACAAUGGCUCAACUCACUCAGUUAACACAAGGCCAGGGUGGCAGUCAGGGGUUGACUGUUGUAAUUCAAGGACAAUGGCAAACUACUGCACUGCAGCUGAUCCCUCAAGGGGGGGGGGGUAAAACAGUAAUUCCAGGGCCAGGCCCAUUAAUGCAAGCGGCAAUGCCAAAUGGAACCAUUCAGCGGUUUCUUUUCACUCCUUUGCCUACGACAGCAACAGCGGCCAGCACUACGACAACAGUUUCCCAACUCGACAUCAGAAUAAUGGGAAUGUUUGGUCUUGUAUUUUUCACUGCUACAAGUGAGCAGAAACAAACCACACAGUCAGCUCAGAACCAGGCUCAAGCCGGGUCCCAGCCCUCGCCACCAGCUCAGCACCCCAACUCAAAAAUCACAACCUGUCCCCAACAUUCAAAUAAAACUCCAGUCACGAUACAAUGUCAGUCUCAAAGCCAGGUCCAAGGGCCAGUUCCUGUUCGAGUCCAAAGCCCACCACAAACUCGAGUGCUUCCACAGCUUCAUCCAAUGGACCCACUGUAUGUCAAGCCCCAGUGCAAAACAACAGCCUCACAGCCAGUUCAAAUUCAACCACAUACAUCGGUUCAGAUUCAGUCCCAAGUACAGCAGCCAUCACAGCCCCAGCUUCAAUCUUCCAUACAAACUCUCCCAGCAACACAAACUUUGAAUCAAGGUACUGUAACCCUCCCCUCAUCCCGUCCUCAGCUACAAAUCCAACAGCCACAGACACAAGUCAUUACUGUGCCUCAGCUACAACAACAAGUCCAGGUUCUCUCUCAAAUUCAGUCCAUGGUUGUGGCUCAGAUACAGGCUCAGCAGGGUGUUGUCUGGGCAAUCAAACUUCAGUUACCUAUUCAGAUUCAGCAAACCAGCCCGGUGCAGGCUCACCAGAUCCAGAAUGUGGUCACCGUGCAAGCAGCCAGGUAACAAGAACAAUUGCAAAGAGUUCAACAACUCAGGGAACAACAGCAAAAGAAGAAGCAACAGCAGAUAGAAAUUAAACGUGAACAUACCCUCCAAGCUUCUAAUCAAAGUGAAAUUAUCCAUAAACAGGUGGUGAUGAAACAUAAUGCUGUGAUAGAACACUUAAAACAAAAAAAGACUAUGACUCCAGCUGAAAGAGAAGAAAAUCAGAGGUAGGAAAAAUGUAACCAGGUGAUGAAGUUUAUUUUGGAUAAGAUAGAUAAAGAAGAAAAACAGGCAGCUAAGAAACGAAAACGGGAAGAGAGUGUGGAACAGAAGCGUAGCAAGCAAAAUGCUACCAAGCUAUCAGCUCUGCUCUUCAAGCAUAAAGAACAACUCAAAGCUGAAAUAUUGAAAAAGAGAGCACUACUAGACAAGGAUCUUCAAAUAGAAGUGCAGGAAGAGCUAAAGAAAGACCUCAAUAAAAUUAGGAAAGAAAAGGAGAAAGCACAGGCUGCAGCGGCUGCAGCUAUAUCUGCAGUAGCAACCCCACCUCCACCACCACCUCCACCACCAACCCCACCACCUCCACCACCACCACCUCCACCACAGCAUUCGGUCAAUGUCACAUCAACUCCGACAUUGCCCAUACCUGUAUCUUCCCAGAAAAGAAAAAGAGAUGAGGAGAAGGAGUCUUCAGCUUCCAAAUCCAAGAAAAAGAAAAUGAUUUCCACUACCUCAAAGGAAACUAAGAAGGACACAAAGCUUUACUGUAUCUGUAAAACGCCUUAUGAUGAGUCUAAAUUUUACAUUGGUUGUGACCGAUGUCAAAAUUGGUAUCAUGGGCGCUGUGUUGGUAUUUUGCAAAGUGAAGCAGAUCUCAUUGAUGAGUAUGUCUGUCCACAAUGCCAAUCCACUGAGGAUGCCAUGACAGUACUCAGUCCAUUGACAGAUAAAGAUUAUGAAGGAUUAAAACGAGUGCUCCGUUCCUUACAGGCUCACAAGAUGGCAUGGCCUUUCCUAGAGCCAGUGGAUCCUAAUGAUGCACCAGAUUAUUAUGGUGUUAUCAAGGAACCAAUGGAUCUUGCAACCAUGGAAGAAAGGAUACAGAAGCGUUAUUACAAAAAGCUGACAGAAUUUGUGGCAGAUAUGACCAAAAUUUUUGAUAACUGUCGUUACUACAAUCCGAGUGACUCCCCUUUUUACCAGUGUGCAGAAGUUCUUGAAUCAUUCUUUGUACAGAAAUUAAAAGGAUUCAAGGCAAGCAGGUCUCAUAACAACAAACUGCAGUCUACAGCUUCUUAGAGUUCAGCGUGUUAACCUAACGCAAAACACAGCAAGAAUCUGGUUAUCUGAAAAGUUUAAAAUUAAGAAGCCAGAUGUUUUUAGUCAGGUUCUCCUGACAAGACUUGACCUAAACUUCGUUUUUAUUGGUCACAACAGUCAAAUUAUAUUCUUGGCCUAUUUUGUCCAGCGGACAAAGGAAAACAAAAUCAGCACCAUUUUCUUGUCAAGAUCAAAUUGUUUUACUAUUGUGGCAGAAGCGAGAAAACUUUGUUUAUUGAAAGAGAGAAAAAGAAAGCAAGAAUAAAGAUAAAUGGAGUCAAGUUUUAACUCCAUGGAAAUGCCACGUCUGCUCUUCAGUGAAGAAGCUGGUUUAAAGUCACACAGAAAACUUUGACUGUAUUUAUUUAUUGUUGCAAAAAAGACGCUUUUUUUAUUGCUGCCCUCAUUUGUCAGCUAAUUAUUUUUUCUUAAAAAAAAAAAAUCCAGCCCCGGUUACAUGUAAUCCAUUCUGUAUCUUAUCAUGAUUCCUGUAGGUAAAAGUACAAGAGACCUCUAGAUGUCUUUUCUUUCUAUGAAAGGAGCUGCUAUGUACACAUGUGCACACACAAAUACACACACACACACACACACAUACACAAAAAACUGGGAAUCAACAAUGAGUUUAUUGUUCAUGCUAGAUAAAAAUUAAGCUUGCAUAAAGGUUGGGCUAAGUGGUCAUGGACUACAGACUCUGUUGCCUUGAAUAAAACAGUACAAUUUGUCAUUUACUCUGCACCAGACUGAAAUGAGUAAAAUCUAUUUGAAGGUAUCUUGUUUGUAAACAUUUGUCAGAUUCUAAUUUUUUUCUUUUUGUAUUAAAAAUUCAAAAUAUGGAUGUAUAUGAAACAAAAUAAAUGGAGAUAAUUUUUCUCCCACAGAUGGAAGUGUCUUUGAAUGUGUGGUACUGACUGUAAGCUUUGGUGGGGUGGAAAGGGAUUCCAAAAGGACAAUAAAGAACAGAAAAACCCAAAUAUGACUGUUUCCCCCAAGAAGGUGGCCCUGUCUUUUGUCAUUCCCAAUUCCUUAUCACUUCAAAAUAAGCAACAGGGAUGUCAUACCUGCUGCAUCAGUGAAUGCUUAAGGUCUAUAUAGUGGGAAGCUGAGUGUCCCACAGGAAUGAGAGACUGCUUAAGUGUAGAAUAGCUUGUAUUUAUUUUUUUCGUUGAAGGAAAGGUAGAAUGAAAGUGAAAUCAACUGAAGUUGUUCUCCAUGCAAGUUUCUCUUGCUUUUAAUGAUCUGUGCUCACACUGCAUUUUUCUACAUUAUAUUAACAGCUGUAAUGAAAUCUGCUGUUUGGCUUAGACAGCUUUGCAAAAAUAUGACUAGAUUUUGCACUAAUUCACAGUAGCUUUGUCCUCCUAAGAUCUGGAGUUUGCCUGAUAUUUUUUUUUAAGCCUUUCCCUAGGUUUAAUAUCACCCCCGCUAUGCAAGACCCUUUCCAGUUCUUAGUUCCCUAAAACUAAGUGUAAGACAUAGCUAUGGAUCAAAACUCUUUCUUAUUACAGGCUCAGGUGUACAAAUUAUUCUGGGGUUCAUUUUAUCUAAUAAUUAUUAGGCCAUUCAUUUUUGUUUGUUUAUACAGAUGUUGUCAUUUAAACUAAAGAAAACUGUUCAAUGUGAAAACAAAGUUUAUGCUUCUUAAAAUAAUUAAGAUAAAAGUAGUUGCAUUAAGGUUAUGUUGUCCGACUUUUUUAAUGCUACAUAUUGUAUGCAUUUGCUGAUGCAAGAAUCCUACGUUUUUAAUGUUAUGAAAUUAUUUUGCAUCUCAUCACAUCGCAGUAUUUCUGUACUAUUUAUUCAUAUAUAUAAAUAUAUAUAUGGACUUAAUCAUUUAAAACUUGUUUCAGAAAGAACUUUCCUACCCGUAGGCAAUAGAUUGCUAUGUUUUUAAUAAUUGUGGCAAACUCUAAAGAGUAAUUUUUUGUACUUAAUAGGACAUUUCAUCCUAGACAAAUAAAGUAAUGUUUUUGACAUUG